UCAUUCCCUCGGUUUCUGCCUCCCAAUCUUUCAUUUCCUUAUUUUUUUCCCUUCAUGUUCGUAUAAGACGCAUAUAUUAUUAUAAAGUGAGAGAGAGAGAGAGAGAGAGAGAGAGAAGGGGGGAGGGGGAGGAGAUUUUACUCAUAUCUCAUGUCAAGGAGCCUGCCCACCCAUCAGGAAAUUGGAUUGCCUUCCCCUGCGUCUCUGCUACUCUCCCCCUUUCAAAAUUCAAAUAAAGCGAUCCCCUUCGUCAACCUUAAAACUUUUCAUCUCUUGAUGCAACCCAAAAAUCCAGAGGCCCAUUUCUCCAAAAGUUCAGAUCUCUGCAAGUUAUCUGCAAAAUGAGAGACAUAGUCUCUUGUUUCAGCGAGAACGCCGUGGAUGUGUCUCAUUCUUCGUGUUCUAGCUAUUCCAAAAAUGCUUGCAUCUCACCCUCCCUCACACCUUCAAUCCAGAAUUCUGUCUCCCGCGUCUACAAAGUCAUCCUCUCCACGCAGAAGCAGCUGUUAAUCACAGUCACAUGGUGUAGAACACACUCGAAUCAAGGAUUUAGCGUGAGCUUUGGAGAUGGAGACUCAACUGUUGCAGCGGCAGCAUUCAGACUCAACACAAAUUCACGAUUCUUCAGGAAGAAGAAAGGAAGCAAAUUUCUCGAAUCUGACGACUCAAGAAUCGAAAUCAUCUGGGAUCUUUCAAAUGCUAAAUACGAAUCCGGCCCAGAACCCGUCGAUGGGUUCUCUAUGCUAGUUCUCGUAGAUUCAGAAAUAAGCCUGAUUCUCGGGGAUGUCGGAGAGGAAACGGUGACGAAAAAGCUGAAAGCUAAUCCCUCCAUAGCUAAAGUCUCUCUCAUCUCGCGGCGAGAGCAUUGUUCCGGAAAUACCCUUUACACGACGAAGGCUCAGUUCUGCGACACAGGUUCUUGGCACGACGUUCUGAUCAAAUGCAGCGGAGAAAACGAAGGGCUGAAGUGUCCAGUACUGUCAGUCUGUAUCGAUAAGAAGACCGUGAUUCGAGUGAAGAGGCUGCAGUGGAAUUUCAGGGGGAACCAGACGAUCUUCGUUGACGGGUUGCUCGUGGAUCUGCUUUGGGAUGUUCACGACUGGUUUUUCAAUCCUGUUUCUGGGUUUGCGGUGUUCAUGUUCAGGACAAGGAGCGGGAUGGAUAGCCGAUUGUGGUUAGAGGAGAAGAUGGCGCAGAAGGAGAAAGAUGGAGCGGAAUUCUCCUUGUUGAUCUAUGCCUGAUGGUACUGAACGAACUUUGGUGUGUUUUUAAUCAAGGGUAGGAAUAGGAUUUGUAGUGAACGAAGAA